AUGAUUGACUGGCUCCCUGACAAUCGGCCUACUAGUCUCUUUAUCCGCCCAUUCUUGGAUUGUGUAUAUGAGCUUCUGACAAACCAAGAUGUGACCGGUCCCAACGGUGAGAAUAUCUCCUUGCCCCAUCCAACCAACCCCUUCAAGUUCAGACCAGAUCCCCAAGACGAACCCGAUUUUGUCAGUGAAAUGCAUCAUGGCACCUGGUGGCGUGACACCAUGGAAAUGAAGUGUGAUGAGGGCAAAAGGGAAAUGCUGGUGCCCAUCAUACUGUAUGGGGAUGAAAUCACCACGGACAAGCAAGGAAAGCUAACAGCCUGUCCCUUCAACUUGACACUUGGAAUAUUGGACACUGACACCCGAAAUAAAGAGCAAGCCCAUACCACAUUCUUCUACUACCCCGAUCCUACUGUGGAGCUUGCUCAUCAUAAGAAAAAAGCAACCGCACAUGACAAAAUGGUAAACCUUCAGAACAGCCUUGCAGUGGCACUGGCCGACAUCACUAAAUGGACCAACAGUGAUCAAGGACUACGUUGGAAGCUCAAGUACAAUGGAGAAGAAUUCCAGGUCAACAUGAAAUUCUCCGUUGCCUUCCUCAUUGGUGAUACUGACAUGCAUGACAAGCUUUGUGGUAAGACAGGUGGUAGCCAAACCCAUGGCAUGAAGUCUCAUUGUCGGCAUUGCAAUUGUGCAACCAAGGAUCUUGUAAGCCCCAAGGAGAAGCAUACUUGGAUCCUGUUUGAUCCCAGCAAGGUAGAUCCCACAUUGGAUGGACACACUGCUGAAUACUUUAGCAGUAUAAGCCACAGCAUUGUGAACAACGCCUUUGAUCCCAUCUGCUUUGGCCAAGCUGGUAACAAACCCAAUGCUGGAGAAGAAGAGCAGGGUGCUGACACAGAUGAUGCUGAUCCCUCUCUUGCAGCUAAGGCCAAAUUUAAAAGGUGGGUGAAGAAAACCUUGGAAAGUCUGGACAUCAUUGGCCAUCAAUAUGGGGCCUGUCUUGGAAGGCAAUCGGAACGCAAGAAGCCCAGGACCAAAUUCAAUAACUCAUUGUUUGACAAGACCAAGAAAUGUGGACAUGAGCAGGCUGGUGUUUGUUUGUGCUUGUACCUUGCCAUGAUAUCUGACCAGGGCCGAUUUAUCAUGCUCCUGGAGCGUACCAUGUAUCCCACUUUUUACAAGGAUCAGGUGGGUGCCUUUGAGUUAGUCUUGACAAUGGAGCAAUGGCUGAAGAAGAAAAAGUACCUGGCAAGGCAUGCCCUUAACCCAGAAGGACUGGGGAAGGUCUUUGACUAUUACACUGAUUGGAUAAGGGAGACUACCUUUCAAAAAGGCAUGGGGGCUCUCUUGAUCAAGAAUCAUCUGAUGCUUCACGUCCCCCUCUACAUGUUGCACUGGGGGCCUCCUCGUGGAUGGGAUUCUGGUCCCAGUGAAUGGGCUCACAAGACUGAGCAGAAGCAACCAGCACAAAGAACCCAAAGACGGCAGCACAGCUUUGUCAAACAAUUGACUGCAAGGUACAGCAAAAUGAGACUGAUAGCCCUUGCAGCUCGUUUCUUCAUGAGGAGCCCCCAGAGAAUGAAUCUAGAUUGGAACCAAGAGCCAUUAAAGGAUGGGGGAGUUGCCCCUGGUGGUGCCAGGUUUCCUCUAGGGUUCAGCGAAACAGGACCAGGAAUGAAGUGGCUUGAUGGCAGCAAAACUAAAGCAAACUACCUUCAAGAAGUUAUCAAUCUUGUCUGUGAGAAGCUGUUGCCUCUUGCAGACAGUGACAAGAUCAAGGGUUUCUCUGAGGUCAAGAAGGCAAUUGACUCUGAGCCAAUUUGUUUCAGGGCCCACCCCAACUACAGAUCCAAAUCUCGGCAAGUCACUGACACUUGGCAUGACUAG